AUGGAUUCUUCGAAGAAUACUGGUGAUGAUGCAAAAAAGCGAGAGCUUCGUCAGGAAUCACAAGAGUUACAACGCCAGAAUGCUGGCCAGGCGAGAAAGGUCUCUAAGAUGGCUCGAGAGCGAGAAGUUGCCGCCAUGCGGGGGAAUGAGAGAGAAGAGUCCCUACUGCAGAGGAAAAACGAGCAGAUUGAUGAACUGCAGAAGGAGAAUGCCGAGUUGAAGGAUGAGAACCGUGAUUUGAAGAGGGAAAUUGCCGAAUUGAAGUGGCAAAUUGAAUCUGGUCUGAACCUGAGUUAG